GCGACCUGCCAUUCUUGGAGAAGUGGCGAUGUGUAUCAUUGUUUUACUCCGGAAAGGACCAGGAGGAUUCUGUGGCGCUCCGUCGAUUGGGUGCUGACAACGCAAUCGCAAUUCCAGGCAGCAGUCAGUCACGCCCUUAAUUCUCACAUGCCCUCUUAGGAAUUGUCCUCCUUUGCGCAUCGCAAGCCUCGUUAUCUCUGACACUGCCGCCAACACCGCCGCAAUCGUCUCGUGUAUCGUCAAUUGAGCGAGCCAUAUACUGUGACCUCGUGCUGCAACUGUCCGACCGGGAGAAACUCAACACGAUGUCGUCACCGAAGGCAGAAUUGCAGGAGCUUCGCUCUAUUCUUAACCCACAUGUCGGAUCGACUGGUGCAACUAGAUUCAAGUCGCGGUAUCUGCUAUUUCUGUUCGCGGCACUUCUCUCAGCUAUGUACCACUGCGCUGGACGAGCGCAAUACCUCUUUCCGUUGACAACACGGCAUGAAGAUGGAACAGUUUGGUACAACCCCGAUUUCGACUGGGAAGCCUUGAAACCCUCGACGUCCUUGCAAUAUGCUCCGUGUUACGAUGGCUACCAAUGUGCUCGUUUGACUUUGCCCAUGGACUACUGGAACGGUACGACAGAUGCUACGGUGAAUCUUGCACUGAUCAAGAAGCCAGCCAUCGUGCCUGUCGAUGAUCCUCAAUAUGGUGGCGCUGUUAUCAUGAAUCCCGGCGGUCCUGGAGGUCACGGAGUGAAGUUCUUACUCAGAGUUGGAGAGCAGGUCAGCAAUUUGCUUGGACCCUCGAGCGACGAUGUUGAAGGAAAGUACUUCGAUCUGAUUUCCUUUGAUCCAAGAGGAGUCGGUCUCUCCACGCCCAACCUGGCUUGUUUUGGUAAAAACUCAAUCUUGGAGCAAGUUUGGAGCAUCCGCAAUUGGGAGGAAGGUUCUUUUGGUACCUCCGAUGUCGCAUUUGGACGCCUGUGGGCCAUGUCAAAGGCAAAAUCGGGAAGCUGUGCGAGUAAUGUCAAAGAGCAUGACAUCAAAAGAUAUGUGACAACUGCUUAUGUUGCGCGCGAUAUCUUGGAGAUUGUUGAGAAACAUGCCGAAUGGCGAGAGAAGGAAACGAGUGACGAAAAACUGCUAUACUGGGGCUUCAGCUACGGAACGUACAUUGGUGAGACGUUCGCCGCAAUGUAUCCUCAUAGAGUUGGACGUCUUGUGCUGGAUGGUGUGGUCGAUCCCAUUGACAAUCUUCAGAUUGCAGCAUUCACGGACUUGUCAGACACGGAAAAGACGAUGGCCUCCUUCUACCACUCUUGUGCCGAAGCGGGCUACCCUACAUGCGCUCUGGCAGAUCCGAACAACAUAACAGACCCCACACUUGUGAGAGAACGUACUCUUGCCGUCAUUGAGACGCUCCGGUAUGAUCCUGUUGCCGUUAUAGUUCCUGAGCCAGAAGUCAUCACUUCAAACGAUCUCCGCAUGCUAAUAUUCUUGAGUCUGUACCACCCGGUGCAGAUGUUCCCAAUUCUUGCGAAAACUCUUGCCGAUCUAGAAAAGGGUGAUGGAAGUGGCUCCAGUCAGAUGUUGCGACCAUACCAUGAUCUGACUUGUCGGGCGACUGCUUCCAUCGAUCGAGUCUUUGACGCCGAUGCACAACUAGCAAUCACAUGCAGUGACGGUGACGAUCUGACUGGGUACAAUCGCACACAAUUCGCGAGCUUUGCCGAAACGCUUACGGAGAUCUCCCCGACCAUUGGCGAUAUCUGGGCGGCACUGCGCAUGUACUGCAUCCACUAUCCUCUGCGCCCUCAAUAUCGCUAUACUGGACCAUGGGAAGCGUCACCAGCGUAUCCAGUUCUGCUUAUCGGCAACACUAUGGAUCCUGUCACACCCGCCAUCAAUGCUUACAAGAUGGCCAAGCGUAUGACAGACAGUAUUUUCUUGCUUCAGGAUUCGCCUGGACAUACUUCACUGGCUGCCUAUAGCAAAUGUACGACGCGGUACGUGAAAGAGUACUUCCAGAGAGGUAGCCUCCCAUUAGCCAACACCACGUGUGAGGUAGAGGAGAAACCGUUCGGACUCAAAGGCGAUGCGAGACAGAUUGCCGCUCACACACAGCAUAUGGACAUUGCAGAUGCCUUCCUGGAGUACGGACUAGGUAUGCGUUUGCUAGGUAGUGCUUAAGCUUACAUAUUCUGGAGUAAUUGCGAGUAAUUUUCUCCAAUUCCUUGCCUUGUUUCUGGUUACAUCCCAGGUCUACCGUCUUCGUUCUCACGCUUCGAUCCGGUUCCUGUUAUAACGAACAUAAAAAUGAUUCUCAAGGGUUGCAUCUUGUACGCUUACUGCAAGACAGUCGUCAGCUCAGUCACUAUAAUCUGGCUGACCCUUGUCCUCUACUCCGAUUCAUAUUAGAAGAUUCGCACAGUGGUUGAGACUGAUCGGAUGCUUGUUUCAUGGAUCAGUGGUGUUGUGGAUGAAGUUUACGGUUGUCACACGUCGUCGCUGUGGCUCAACUUGCCCGAAAUUGCUUACACGAGAACAAC